CACAAAGCAAGUUUUGCAACUUGGGGACUUCUCUACCGAGGAAGGGAGAAAAAAGGUGAUAAAAACUUGCAAACCAUAAAAAAUACCCUUCCCUCCUGAAACUCCAAAAUUACAAUCAAUUUUGAAAUUUGAUACCCGAGAAAAAAAGAAGAAUCCGAAAAAUGGUCGAUUUUGCUAGGGUACAGAAAGAGCUGCAAGAGUGCAACCGAGAUUUUGAAGUAUCGGGGAUAAAGGUCAUUCCCAAGAGUGAGAGUAAUCUUGUCCACUUGCUUGGUACAAUUCCUGGUCCCCUUGGUACUCCUUAUGAAGGCGGCACCUUCAAGAUAGAUAUCAUUUUACCAGAUGGUUACCCUUUCGAGCCUCCCAAAAUGCAGUUUGCCACUAAAGUCUGGUAUGGGAAAAAUAAAUCAUUUUGUACUCAUCUUUUUUCCCCCUGCAUGGCACAUGUUGUAGUCAGUGAUAUGUUUGAUUGCUCUGCGCUUAUUCGUGGAACAUAAGAUCUAUAUAAAACGUGAAGUGCCAUUUGAAUUUCCUUAAAAAGUUCGUCAACUGCAUCCUGUGUAGUUACCUGCCUACACGUCUGUAGAAAGGAAAAUAUUAUUUGUUGCGUGCAAAUUUCUGGGGUCAUUAUUGGUGUUUUGAUGUGUUUGAGUUUUGGAAUAAGUCUUACACGAAGACACCACUAGGCGUCAGAAUUAGAAUUAAAAAAAGAAAACCUACUUUCUUGAAAUUAUUAAUAUCUUCAUUGGUUGACAACACAUGAAGCUUUUGAUAUUGGCUUUGAAAAUCUAUUCAACACGUUCACUUGUGACUCUGCACAUGCUAUUUCCCGUUCGAAAAAGGCAUCCCAAUAUUAGCAGUCAAAGUGGGGCCAUAUGCCUGGACAUCCUGAAAGAUCAGUGGAGCCCAGCACUGACUUUGAAAACGGCCCUUCUUUCUAUUCAAGCUUUGCUAUCUGCUCCCGAACCCGAUGACCCCCAGGAUGCUGUUGUUGCUCGACAGGUCCAGAAGCUCCUGGAGAUGGGUUUUCCGGAAGCUUCAGUAAGGAGUGCGUUGGAGAGCGUAGGUGGAGAUGAGAAUUUGGCUCUUGAGAAGCUUUGCUGUGGUUGAUAUUUUAUUUGCUCUCAACGGUAUUGAUAUAAGGAAAACAAGACUUCUAGAUGUAUAUUUUGGUUGUACCCUUCGUUUUUUUUACCCGAUGUCUUUUUCACCACCCUCUUGAGGUUUCAUUCUCUUUCAACCACUGCUGAAAUUUCGAUGCUGUUGAACGAUUGAAAAUUGAAAUUGUUUGUCCCUUGGAUGAAAUUUUAUUGGCUAAUAUGUUUUUUGUGAAUUGCUAUUUUGCUGAUUUCAGAUUAGAGAACGGAAAAUAUGAGCCCAGAUUGUGCA